AUGGCGACGCCGUUGGCGGUAAAUUCGGCUGCUAGCCUGUGGGGUCCUUACAAGGACAUCUGGCAGACGGUGGGGAGCACGCUAUGGAAAAGACAACCUGAAGCUGUCCACCUGCUCGACAUGAUUCUGAAGAAACACAAGCCAGACUUCAUCUCACUCUUCAAAAAUCCACCAAAGAACGUUCAGCAGCAUGAGAAGGUUCAGAAAGCCAGCACUGAGGGCGUUGCUAUCCAAGGACAGCAGGGGACCCGCCUUCUCCCUGAGCAGCUCAUUAAGGAAGCCUUUAUCCUCAGUGACCUCUUUGACAUCGGGGAGCUGGCUGCUGUGGAGCUACUGCUUGCCGGGGAGCACCAGCAGCCACACUUCCCUGGCCUUACCAGAGGCCUCGUCGCUGUGCUCCUGUACUGGGAUGGAAAGCGGUGCAUCGCAAACUCCCUGAAAGCCUUGGUUCAGUCGCGGCGCGGAAAGACCUGGACCCUCGAACUCAGUCCAGAGCUGGUUUCCAUGACAACGCGUUUUACAGAUGAGCUGAUGGAGCAAGGAUUGACUUAUAAAAUUCUUACCCUCGUGUCACAGAUUGACGUGAACAAUGAGUUUGAGAAGCUCCAGCGAGAGAGAGGCUUGGGCAGUGAAAAGCAUCGCAAAGAGGUGUCCGAUCUCAUCAAGGAAUGCAGACAAUCCCUGGCCGAAAGCCUUUUUGCCUGGGCUUGCCAGUCCCCUUUGGGCAAAGAUGACACCCUGCUCCUUAUAGGGCAUCUGGAGAGAGUGACCGUGGAGGCCAACGGCGCAUUGGAUGCAGUGAACCUGGCCCUGCUCAUGGCUCUCCUGUACUGCUUCGACACCAGCUUCAUAGAGCAGGGCACCGAGGAACGCGAUGAUAUACUCCAGCAGCUCCCACUCUUGACGGAGAGGCAGUACAUUGCCACCAUCCACUCUCGCCUACAAGACUCCCAGCUGUGGAAACUGCCCGGCCUGCAGGCCACCGUCAGGCUCGCCUGGGCACUGGCCCUGAGGGGGAUCUCCCAGCUGCCCGACGUGACAGCUCUGGCUGAGUUCACGGAAGCAGACGAAGCCAUGGCCGAGCUGGCGAUUGCUGACAAUGUUUUCCUGUUCCUCACGGAGUCGGUUGUCGGCUCGGAGAACUUCUACCAGGAGGAGUUCUAUAUCCGCAGAAUCCAUAAUCUCAUUACGGAUUUCCUGGCACUCAUGCCCAUGAAGGUGAAGCAGCUGCGGAAUCGGGCCGACGAAGACGCUCGCAUGGUUCACAUGAGCCUGCAGAUGGGCAAUGAGCCCCCGCUCUCCCUUCGGAAGGACCUCGAACACCUCAUGCUCCUGAUUGGUGAACUGUACAAAAAGAACUCAUUUAACCUGGAGCUCGCUCUGGAGUACUGGUGCCCCUCGGAGCCCCUUCAGACCUCCACCGUCAUGGGCUCUUACCUGGGGGUGGCGCACCAGCGACCCCCGCAACGCCAGGUUGUCCUAUCAAAGUUUGUUAGGCAAAUGGGUGACCUGCUACCUCCAACUAUUUAUAUUCCUUAUUUGAAAAUGCUCCGGGGACUGGCCAGUGGGCCCCAGUGUGCUCACUACUGCUUCAGCCUGCUGAAGGUCAACGGGAGCAGUCACGUUGAAAACAUCCAGGGGGCUGGUGGCAGCCCUGUGUCCUGGGAACAUUUCUUCCACUCCUUGAUGCUGUACCAUGAGCACCUCCGCAGGGACCUGCCCAGUGCCGACAGCAUCCAGUACCGCCACCUGCCCUCCCGCGGCAUCACCCAGAAGGAGCAGGACGGCUUGAUUGCCUUCCUGCAGCUGACGUCCACCAUCAUUACGUGGAGCGAGAAUGCCCGGCUGGCCCUCUGUGAGCACCCCCAGUGGACGCCGGUGGUGGUGAUUCUGGGCCUUCUGCAGUGCAGCAUCCCCCCCGUCCUGAAGGCUGAACUUCUGAAGACGCUGGCGGCUUUUGGGAAGUCUCCGGAGAUCGCUGCUUCCCUCUGGCAGUCCCUGGAGUACACACAGAUCCUGCAGACGGUGAGGGUGCCCAGCCAGAGACAAGCCAUCGGUAUCGAGGUUGAACUGAACGAAAUAGAGUCCCGGUGUGAGGAGUACCCCCUGACGCGGGCCUUCUGCCAGCUGAUCAGCACCUUGGUGGAGAGCUCCUUCCCUUCGAACCUGGGGGCGGGCCUUCGGCCCCCGGGCUUCGACCCUUACCUGCAGUUCCUUCGAGAUUCCGUGUUCCUGCGAUUCCGCACAAGGGCUUACCGGAGAGCAGCUGAAAAGUGGGAAGUGGCCGAGGUGGUUCUGGAGGUGUUUUAUAAACUGCUCAGAGACUAUGAGCCUCAGCUCGAAGAUUUUGUGGACCAGUUUGUGGAACUGCAAGGAGAAGAAAUCAUAGCCUACAAGCCCCCCGGCUUCAGUCUGAUGUACCACCUCCUGAACGAGUCGCCGAUGUUGGAGCUGGCCCUGAGUCUGCUGGAGGAAGGCGUGAAGCAGCUGGACACCUAUGCCCCGUUCCCCGGGAGGAAGCACCUGGAGAAAGCCGUGCAGUACUGCCUGGCUCUGCUGGAUCUUACUCUGCAGAAGGAGAACCUCUUCAUGGACUUGCUCCGAGAGAGCCAGCUGGCCCUGAUUGUCUCCCCGCUGGAGCAGCUUUUACAGGGCAUCAACCCCAGGACGAAGAAGACGGACAAUGUGGUGAACAUCGCCAGGUGCCUCUAUCACGGCAACACUAGCCCCGAGCUGGCGUUUGAGAGCGCCAAGAUCCUCUGCUGCAUCUCUUGCAACUCCAACAUUCAGAUAAAGUUGGUUGGCGACUUCACACACGACCAGAGUGUAAGUCAGAAGCUGAUGGCUGGAUUUGUGGAGUGUUUGGAUAGUGAAGACACAGAAGAUCUUGUACGGCCAGAAGAGGGGUCAGAAUCAGAAAAGAAAGUCGCCAUCAUCCGUCACGAAACAAGAAUCCACAUCCUGAAUCUCCUCAUCACCUCUCUGGAGCGUAACCCACCCAACCUUGCCCUCUACCUGCUGGGCUUUGAGUUAAAGAAACCCGUCGCCACCACAAACCUGCAAGACCCAGGGGUGCUAGGCUGCCCACGGACGUGCCUCCACGCCAUCUUGAACAUCCUGGAGAAGGGCACCGAGGGGAGAAGCGGUCCUGUGGCUGUGAGGGAGUCCCCUCACCUCGCUGAGCUGUGUUACCAGGUCAUCUAUCAGCUGUGCGCCUGCUCUGAGACGUCGGGCCCCACCAUGAGGUACCUGAGAACCAGCCAGGAUUUCUUAUUCUCACAACUGCAACAUCUACCUUUUUCCUGCAGAGACCAUGAGAUCUCCAUGCUGAACCAAAUGUCCUGGCUGAUGAAGACCGCGUCCAUUGAGCUAAGGGUUACGUCCCUGAAUCGUCAGCGGUCCCAUACCCAGAGGCUCCUGCACCUGCUGCUGGACGACAUGCCAGUGAAACCAUACUCGGAUGCGGAAGGCGGCAUGGAAGAUGAAAACAGGUCCAUCUCGGGGUUCCUGCACUUUGACACGACGACAAAAGUCCGACGAAAAAUUCUCAGCAUCCUCGAUUCCAUUGACUUCAGCCAGGAGAUCCCCGAGCCUUUGCAGCUGGACUUCUUUGAUCGGGCCCAGAUCGAGCAGGUCAUUGCUAACUGUGAGCACAAGAACUUACGGGGACAGACAGUCUGCAAUGUGAAGCUGCUUCACAAGGUUCUGAUCGCUGAAGUCAAUGCCCUUCAGGGCAUGGCCGCCAUAGGACAGAGGCCUCUCCUGAUGGAGGAGAUCAGCACCAUUCUCCAGUAUGUGGUGAGCCGCAACAAGCUGCUGCAGUGUCUGCAUGCCAAGCGCCAUGCACUGGAGUCAUGGAGGCAGCUGGUGGAAGUCAUUCUGACAGCCUGUCCCCAGGACCUCAUUCAGGCCGAGGACCGGCAGCUGAUCAUCCGAGACCUCCUGCAAGACUUACAUGAUAAGAUCCUGGACGACGAGGCCGCCCAGGAGCUGAUGCCUAUAGUGGCCGGUGCCGUGUUCACCCUGACGGCCCACCUCAGCCAGGCCGUGCGCACAGAACAGAAGCAGCCGCUGGUCCUGGGGCCCAGAGAGGGCCCCUUUGAGCUCCUGGCUGACGGGGUGUUCCCCUCGGGCGAGAGCCCUGUGCUGGGCUUCGCUUCCAUUGGAGACUCGUCCCUUCACAUCAUAUUGAAGAAGCUGCUAGACUUCGUUUUGAAGACAGGUGGCGGCUUCCAGCGCGUGAGGACGCACUUGUAUGGCUCUCUGCUCUACUACCUGCAGAUUGCCCAGAGACCGGAUGAGCCCGACACCUUAGACUCAGCCAAGAAAACCAUGUGGGAGCGGCUGACUGCCCCUGAAGACAUGUUCAGUAAGCUGCAGCGAGAGAACAUCGCCAUCAUUGAGAGCUACGGCGCGGCGCUCAUGGAGGUGGUGUGCCGGGAUGCCUGCGAUGGCCACGAGAUCGGCAGGAUGCUGGCCCUGGCUCUACUGGACCGGAUCAUCUCUGUGGACAAGCAGCAACAGUGGCUGCUGUACCUGUCCAACAGCGGCUACCUGAAGGUGCUGGUGGAUGGCCUGGCGGAAGAUGACCGGACUCUGCAGAGCUUGCUCACUCCCCAACCGCCCCUUCUGAAAGCCCUUUACACGUACGAAUCCAAAAUGGCAUUUCUCACCCGAGUGGCUAAGCCCCAGCAGGGCGCUUUGGAGCUGCUGCGGGCUGGAGUGAUCGUGCGGCUGGCACAGUGCCAGGUGUAUGACCUGCGUCCGGAGACGGACCCUCAAGGAAUGUUUGGCCUGAGGGACCUCCCGGUGUUCAUCCCCACCCCGCUGGAUCGGUACCGGCAGAUCCUGCUCCCUGCCCUCCAGCUCUGCCAAGUCAUCCUCACAUCCAGUAUGGCCCAGCACCUGCAGGCCGCAGGCCAGGUGUUGCAGUUCCUCAUCUCGCAUUCCGACACCAUCCAGGCCAUCCUGCGCUGCCAGGAUAUGAGUGCGGGCUCUCUGCAGGAGCUGGCGCUGCUGACAGGGAUCAUCAGCAAAGCUGCACUGCCCGGCAUACUGAGUGAACUCGAUGUUGAGGUCAAUGAAGGCUCGCUCAUGGAGCUCCAGGGACAUAUCGGACGGUUCCAGCGUCAGUGCUUAGGGCUGCUCACCCGCUUUGGUGGCUCUGACAGACUUCGGCAGUUUAAGUUUCAAGAGGAUAAUGUGGAAGGUGAUAAAGUGAGCAAGAAAGAUGAGAUUGAGCUGGCCAUGCAGCAGAUCUGUGCCAACGUCAUGGAAUACUGCCAGUCGCUCCUGCUGCAGAGCUCUCCCACCUUCCAGCACACCGUGUGUCUCUUCACCCCCAGCCUUUCUGAAACCAUGAACAGAGACGGGCCUCGGCAAGACACCCAAGCACUGGUGGUUCCCUGUUGGCGCCUGCCUGGCCUGGGCAUCAUCCUCUACCUGCUGAAGCAGAGCGCCAACGAUUUCUUCAGUUAUUACGACAGUCACCGGCGCAGCGUCAACAAGCUGCAGAACGUGGAGCAGCUCCCACCUGACGAGAUAAAAGAGCUGUGCCAGUCCGUGCUGCCUGCCGGGGUUGACAAAAUCCCCACCGCUCAGAAGUACGUCCUGGCGCGCCGGCGCCUGGUGACGCUCAUCAACAACCGCGCCACCCUGCUCUCGCUCUGCUCCUUCAUCAUAGAGACCUGCCUGUUCGUGUUUUGGCGCCACCUGGAGUACUACCUGCUGCACUGCACACCUCCCGAUGCCCAGGACCCCUUGUUCCCCUCCAGGACCCUGUGUGCCGGCAGGAGGCUGCAAGAUUCCUUCGCCUCCGACACCAGCUUGGACUUCAGGAGGGGGCUGACCGUCGUGAGUCAGCACGACGUAGACCAGCUUCAGGCCGACUCCGUCAGCGCCUUCGGAGAAUCGCUGCAGAAGAAGCUUCUGGACAUUGAAGGACUGUACUCCAAAGUCCACUCUCGCUAUAGCUUCAUACAAGCCCUGGUCCGGCGUGUCCGGGGCCUGCUGAGGGUGUCCAGGAGCUGAUGUGCCGGGUCCCUCUUCUUACGGGAGAGAGGAAUGGGGGAACGGAUUCUUUUUAGAGAUUACUUUAUUUCUAAAUUAUGAACAAAAAGUAUUUUGUAUUUUUUUCUUUAUAUAUGACAUCUUUUCUGUAAACUUCUUUUCUUGGUCCCAUCCUUACUAGUACAAAAUAAACCCUUUUUAAAAA